CUUUCCUUCUUCUUCUUCCUUUGUCUCAUCUUCUUUUCAUCGUUUUCGAUUUAUCUUCUCGACUUUCAACCGUCUACCUUCGGUACGACUCCCAUGGAGCCGCGCACGUCUUGAAAGUUCGCGAUGCGACUCUUUUCCCCGCUGGGGAGAGAGUCCUGAGCUUCUCGGACAGGGUCCUCAGCUAGGAUUGUUCAUCAUGGGUCAAGGACUCAAUAGCUGGACUUGCACCUCGUCAAAAUGGCUACGGACAAGAUCACUUUCCUGACCAACUGGCACGCCACCCCGUACCACGCCCCUCUGUACCUCGCCCAGGCCCGCGGCUACUUCAAGGAUGAGGGCCUUAAGGUCGCUCUCCUCGAGCCUAAUGACCCCUCCGAUGUCACCGAGAUUAUCGGCAGCGGCAAGGUCGACAUGGGGUUCAAGGCUAUGAUUCACACUCUGGCCGCUAAAGCCCGCAACUUUCCCGUGACUUCCAUCGGCUCUCUCCUCGACGAGCCCUUCACGGGUGUCGUCUACCUCAAGUCCUCCGGCAUCACCACGGACUUCCGCUCGCUCAAGGGCAAGCGCAUCGGCUACGUCGGCGAAUUCGGCAAGAUCCAGAUCGACGAAUUGACCAAGUACUACGGCAUGACGACCGACGACUACACCGCGGUCCGGUGCGGCAUGAACGUAACCAAGGCGAUUAUCCGCGGCGACAUCGACGCCGGCAUCGGUCUCGAGAACGUGCAGAUGGUCGAGUUGGAGGAGUGGCUUGCAGAGCAGGGUCGUCCCCGCGAUGACGUCCAGAUGCUCCGUAUCGACCAGCUCGCCGAACUGGGCUGCUGCUGCUUCUGCUCUAUCUUGUACAUUGCCAAUGACUCCUUCCUGGCCGCGAACAAGGAGAAGGUCGGCAAGUUCAUGCGUGCUGUUAAGCGUGCUACUGAUGCUGUUAUUGCGGAUCCCGCGGGUACUUACGAGGAAUAUGUUGAUAUGAAGCCUAUCAUGGCUACGCCUGUCAACCGCAAGAUCUACGAGCGUUCGUACGCUUACUUCAGCCGUGAUCUGAAGAAUGUCUCCCGUGACUGGGAGAAGGUUACCCGCUAUGGAAAGCGUCUUGGUAUCCUGGAGGAUAACUUCGAGUCUAACUACACCAAUGAGUUCCUUUCCUGGGGACUCGAUGCCGACUCGACUGAUCCCACUGGUGACCAGAAGCGCAUGGCUGAGCUCCAGAAGGAGGUUGCUGCCAAGGGUGGCUUCAAGCGUCUGGAGGUUUCGGCUUCUGCUUAAGCUGGACUCGAUUCAACUCGACCCAGCUCAGCUCGGCUGGCUGUGACUGGGCUGCUAUGCUAGCCCUGGGUACUGGCUCUUUUUUGCUAUUUGAGUAAUCCUGUUUUACUGGUGAUCCGGGUUUCACUCUUUGACCUGGUGAUACUAUUAUCAAUGGAAUAAGAGCUUUUGCUUGA